AUGCCCUCCACAACUUCCAGCAAUUCCUUUGACAAUGCCUCAACACAACCCGCCACAGAUAAUCUGAAUAGAAAUGUUGCUCCUCGCACACGUGAGUGCCAUUCUCCAAGAUCCCAUUCUUUUGGGUGGGAAAGUGAAGCGUGUUUUGUUCUGGACAAGCUUAGCGCCGAGUUGAGGAAUGAAAUCUACGAGCUCCUCGUCGUGUCCGACCAUCCGAUUGCUCUCCCCCGGCUGCAAUACGAAGAGGACGUCGGCAAGGACACGAAGGAAACUAGGUCUAUCAAUCCAAACUUCUUCCGGGUGUGUAAGCAAAUCAGGCAGGGAUGCAAGCCAAUGCUCUACGGUAGCAACACAUUCACAAUGAUUGAGGGAGGUUAUCGGAACUGGCCACGGUUCUUCGAGACGAUCGGCGCACUUGAUACCUGA